AUGCCAGGCAAUCUGGGGAAUGCAGACGCACAGGCUUCACCAUCCCCACGAGCUACUUUUGGCCCGCUGGCCACACCACGGGACCGGGCACCGUGUCCUACAUCCGAUCAAGACCCAGGCCUGGAUGGAGUUGACGUAGUUCCGACGGGAGCCUCACCAGUCGCGCUAACGUUGAUGCAGCCGCCUCCCGUACCGAAUCAGGUUGCAUUCCCACUGCCAUCGCCCAUCUCAGUUCUUGUCGAUGCUGCAGUCAACCGUGCUUCUGAGGGAAACGCGCCAAGCCGUGCUGUUGCAGCCACCAAUAGUGUCUCACCCUUGCUGGUGGAACCACAAGCGCACACAGAGACAGGAUCUGUUGUAGUCGGCUUUGCAGCAGCUGCUGCUCUGCAGAGUCCCACGCCCUCCGUCCCUGCCCAGCGCCACAACAGCCCCAGUCGGUUUCCGGCGAGGAACGCGGACAAGACGGCCAUCUACACGCUCGACGACAACGACAACGUCACGGCGCAUUCCAUGGGGCUGGCCGGCGAGCAAGAUACAGAGCUGUUGUCGUCGUUCCGGGCAGCCAUUAUGAACGAGGCUGACAGUAUAGACAGCGAAAUUCUCCAGAUCUAUGCAGGGGGUGUCACUGAUUCGAUCGGUGGCGGAGAUGGAGAUGCGGGAGAGAGAUGUCACCAUCCACCAGUGCAUUUCAAUAUGAUCCGCGAUGAGUUCAUGCCGCUAGACAAUGCCGUCAAGGUGGCCUCGUCGCACCGCAUCGAGGCAGCCGUCCAGGGAUGUGCGGAUCACCUCGUGCGUCUCUAUUUUAAGCACGUGCACCCCGUGUACCCAGUGCUGUCAAAGUCACGCUUCUUGCAAACCUACGCGGACAACAAGCAGGUGUUGCCAGCAUCUCUGCGGGGCGCCGUCUACGGCAUUGCAUCCAACUUUUGGCAUCACGACCGUGUCCCCGAUGAGAACCGGGCCGUAGUACCGACGACAGCUGCAACUGCAACUGCAGGAACUGAAACAGCCGCAACAGCCGCAACAGCUGCUUCGUCACCAUACUGCACAGUCACCUCCCCCGCCAUGACAGUGAUAUCCCGACCCGACCAGCACGAGCUCUUUGAGCAGGCCCUCACCUCGCUGCAACGCGAGCUGCAUGGGCCCAAUCUGUGGACCCUGCAGGCCUGCCUGCUCUUGAUCCACGAGAACUCUGCCGAGAACGCCACCAUCGAGACCCCCCGCGUCUGGAUGCUGGCCGCCCAGGCGACGGCAUGUGCCCAAAUGCUCGGCCUGCACCGCGACCCCAUGGCCUGGCAGCUGGCGGCCUGGGAGAAGCAUUUACGGCGCCGCUUGUGGUGGGCCACAUUUGCUGCCGACGUUUGGUCGUCCGUCUGCCACGGCAACCCGCCACACAUUUAUGAGGGCUCGUUUACGACGCCACCUCUCAGGAUGGAGGACGUCGCGCAAGGCGAGGAUGUGCCACAAUCACUGCGCCACAUGGUCGACGACGACUGUGCGGUGUCAGAUACAGCUGUCUGCGCACGGUUCGUCAACACGGUUGUCGUCAGCCGCAUUGUGCACCAGCUUCUCAUGUCGUCCUUCUCCGACGUAGCCUAUGUGGAGUCCAUGAAGGACCCUGUGACCCGAGAGGCGUCCCUUAUGCAGAUUCGCCAGCAGCUGCAGGACUGGUCAAUGCUUUUGCCGCGAUGCAUCAGCAUGGAGACCAUCCCCACGGCCGGCGUGCAUCACAACAAUGGUAUGACAUUUUCUGCCGGAAAUCACCGAAUACACCGAGAUACAUUUGUUCUGACCAUCUGGCGACUGAUAGCACCCCUACACCUCUCCUACUACGCCGCCGUCGCACUCAACUUUCGCGCUCUCAUGAGCCCCGUCACAAAGUCCGCCAAGCACGAUCCGCAGUCGAGUCUGCGACGUCACUUUGGUUCAGCGAUCAAGGAAUUCGGUUUUUUUACUGAUUUCAUGCACGGUAUCUCUCCGGAGUGCCUGAAUGAGUUUUGGGGCCUUCAUUCCCGGUCACAACUCAUCCUCUGUGGCAACUUUCUUAUCUACCUCUUCUUGCUGGCCCCCGGCCCCAACCAGGUCCGAGAUACGUUCGCGCUGCUCGGCACAUUCCACGACUCUCUCCAACGUUUGAGCGCCGUGGCCGACCAAUUCGCAAUCGGUGUGCUGCGGCCCGUGGCUUUGCGUAUCGACUCCUUCUUUACCCAGGCUGCACAGCUCAUGCGCACCAAUGGGCAGUCCCCUUCCAGCUAG